UGUUAUUACAUGAUUUUUGUUCCCCUAUCUGUCAUAAGAUCUGUCAUCUGAUAAACACCUGGCAUUUCAUGAAGGAAAUACACCACAGGUGUCCAGAGAAAAGGUUUCUUAUGAUCGUUAAAUCCGUCCGUUCCGUUCACGUACAUGAUAAAUCGUCGUAUCUUUCGAACAUGAUAACGAAUUGGACACUCUCACUUCAGUGAACUCAAAAUCAUCCCAGUCUGAAUGAGUGCGGUUUGAAUGGAAACCCAUUGCAUAAGUGAAGUUACCUCUCAAUUUCAUCAAAAUACAAUUUCGAAGAUAACUGAGUCGACUUCCACUUUAUGUAAAAUACUCAGAAUCCACUAGUGACAGAUUUACUACAAACGUUUAAAAAUAUUUCUGGCAAUCGUUCCACCCAAAGUAAAUAAUAAUUCCACCUCGUUCAUAGAAUGAAUAAAUAUGCAAUAUUUUUUCUGGUUUUCACUGGAUUGCAUUCGAUAGUACUAACGAAAGAUUAUACUUGUAUCUGGUAUGGUGAGUGUGGGCCAACAGCACCCCAUCGGCACAAUUGUCCAUCAAAUGAUUCAGCUCAACCGAUCAAUGAUGCAUAUGCCGAGCAGAAAUUGCGUCGGAGGUGCCCGCACUUCUUCGAAGAAAAUGAUCAUCCCCUGACUUGUUGCGACAGCGCCAUAAUACAGACAAUGGACACAAAUAUGCAACAGGCUGAAGGUGUUUACGGACGUUGCACAUCGUGUUUACGUAAUUUAUUUCGUUCAAUCUGUGAUUUCACAUGUGCACCUGAUCAGAGUCGAUUCAUGGUUCCAACCGACAUUGGGACAUGGGAAGUCGAUGGUAGUAAAUACAUCAAUAGUAUUGAGAUAUACAUUGGUGAAGAAUUUGCAAAUGGUGUUUUCAAUUCCUGUCGUAACGUAGUCCAUCCAGCUAGUGGUAAAUUAGCAAUGGAUCUCGGUUGUGGGCAAUAUGGAGCGAGUAAAUGUACCCCGAAACGGUGGUACCAAUACAUGGGGGACGCAGAAACGAAUAACCUGGUGCCAUUUCAAAUCGAUUACGUCUGGAAGCCAGAUGAAGAUCGUGGACUUGUGGAUCCAUUGAAUCCUCCUUUUAAACCGUGCAAUCAAUCUUUUGCUAAUGCAUCGGCUUGCAGCUGCGUUGACUGCCCAACAGCUUGUCCUCUACUUGAAUGGACAAUAAAUCACAGAGUUUUCACAUUCUUCGGUAUCAAUGGAUCUGGAGUACUAUUAGGUGCUGUUAUCUUGGGAAUCAGCAUUGGUUUUGCGAUUGGUUGGACCUGGGGAAGGGAUCGAUGUGCCUCGAAGAAAUCGUGCAAGGUGUUAACUUGGAGUGAUCAGUUGCGUCAACACUAUCACAAUAUUUUCGAGAAAAUAUUCUAUAGACUUGGACAUGAUUUCGCAAAACACCCCAUCUUAACAUUAUCGCUGCUCUCUUACGUAAUUAUUGGAGUUAGCUGGGGUGGAACUAAUCUGAAGAUUACGGUGGAUCCUAUCGAGAUAUGGGCUUCCCCUCAAAGCAGAUCGCGUAUCGAAAAAGAAUAUUUUGAUAGCCAUUUCACCCCUUUCUACAGGACUGAGCAGAUUUACAUCAAAGCUGUCAACCUCAAAAAGAUAACGAAGGAAAUGUCAGAUGGAGUUUUGGAAUUUGGUCCAAUAUUCCAAAGACAGUUCAUGUUGGCCGUGUACGAUUUGCAACAGAAGAUUCAGCAGAUUGGCAGAGAUACAGACGAAGGACUGGAGAAAAUUUGUUAUGCCCCCGUGCAAAAUGAAUUCAUGGGACCAAUAACAGUGGAUCGUUGCACAGUGCAGAGUGUCUGGGGAUAUUUUCAAAAUGAUUUGGAAAAAUUCAAUAAAACUAACUACCUGGAUCACUUGUACAUGUGUUUGCAAAAUGCAUUCCUUCCAGAAUGUCUAGCUCCUUACAAAGGCCCAAUUAUACCGGACAUAGCAAUCGGUGGAUACUUGGUGGAGGGUAAAAACAAUUACGAGGCCUCAGACUACAUAAAAGCAACAGCGGUGAUCCUAUCAUUCAUGGUGAAGAAUAAAGCUGAUAAAGAUGAAUUGAAACCUAUGCGAAAAUGGGAGACCCAAUACCUGAAUUUUAUGAGGCAUUGGGAAGAGCACGAGAAACCGGAUUUCAUGGAUAUCGCAUACUCAUCAGAAAGAUCGAUUGAAGAUGAAUUGGAGCGCACUUCAAUUGCCGAAUCGAAAACUAUUAUCAUCAGCUACAUUGUGAUGUUUGUGUACAUCGUUUUCUCGCUGGGGACAUUCAAGGCAUCUGCAGAGACAUUCAUUGUCAGUAAAGCAAUGCUGAGCAUAAGUGGCAUAAUAACCGUUUUAGCAUCGGUCGCCUGUACCUUCGGGGUCUUCGGGUACACCCAGACGUCUACGACUCUUCUAACACUCGAGGUUAUUCCUUUCCUGGUUCUCGCUGUCGGGGUUGACAACAUUUUCAUUCUCGUCCAAACACACCAAAGAAAUCCCCCACGACCUGGAGAGAGUAUUCCACACCACAUGGGGAGAAUAUUGAGCUUGGUGGGACCGUCCAUGUUCCUUACAAGUGUCUCUGAGUCCCUCUGUUUCUCAAUUGGAACUAUCUCAUCAAUGCCGGCUGUCAAAACAUUCGCACUAUUCGCAUCAGUUGCUAUAGCCUUCAAUUUUUUUCUACAAAUAACUGGAUUUGUCAGUCUUCUAGCCCUGGAUACCAGAAGAUAUGAGGAUCGACGUGUGGAUCUUUUAUGCUGCCUGAAACUUAAUAUUACGGCUGUGAAAUCAGGCCCAGGGAUGAUUCACAAUUUUUUCGCCAAGUACUACACACCCUUGCUAAUGAAUAAAUCCGUUGGAAUCGCAAUACUAUUUUUUUUUGUGGCAGCAGUGGUAACGAAUGCUGUUGCAGGACCGCAAAUCGAAAUCGGUUUGGAUCAAAAAUACUCGAUGCCUGAGGAUUCCUAUGUUCUCAAAUACUUUGAGUUCAUGGAGGAACUGCUGUCAAUGGGACCCCCCGUGUACUUCGUUCUCAAAGGUGGCCUCAACUACAGUAAACCUGAGGUUCAGAAUGCAAUAUGCGGAGCACAAACAUGCAACUCUGACUCCCUGUACGCCCAGAUAUUCUCGGCAUCAAAACAACCCUCAAUUACUUACCUAGCGAAGCCGGCAUCCUCCUGGAUUGAUGACUACUUCGACUGGGCUGUAAUUGAUGGCUGCUGCAAGUAUUUCCCGAACAACUCGUCGUUUUGUCCUCACAAUCAUUGGGUAGAUGAUGAAGAGUUGUCUUGCGAGAGAUGCCCUAUAAAGAAGAACGAAUUCGGGUUGAGACCAGAAGUGUCCGACUUUCGCAAAUAUCUAACUUAUUUUUUAUCUGAUGUGCCUGAUGAGACAUGUGCAAAGGGAGGUAGAGCAGCUUACUUUGAUGCAAUGAUGUAUACAUAUGAUCGAUAUGGAAUGAUUGACGUUGGAGAUUCCUACUUCAUGAGCUAUCACACACCUCUGAAAAAACAAUCGGACUGGUACCGAGCCCUUUCCUCAGCUCGCGUGGUUGCUGACAAUAUAACUGCUACGAUUAACAGCCAUAACUUCACUGAUACUCAUAUCAGUGUUUUCCCAUACAGUAUUUUUUACGUCUUUUACGAGCAGUAUUUGACGAUUUGGAAGGAAACAAUGAUAUCACUGGCUCUGUCUCUUGGCGUUGUCUUCAUUGCUACUUACAUUUUAACUGGAUUUUCCCUUUUUUCUGCUGGAAUGGUAUUUAUCACUGUGGCUAUGAUAAUCAUCAACAUGCUUGGACUGAUGUACUGGUGGAGUAUCAGUCUCAAUGCUGUCUCCCUUGUCAAUUUAGUCAUGGCUGUCGGAAUUUCAGUGGAGUUUUGUAGUCACCUUCUACACUCUUAUUUAAGUUCAAAGAAAAAAUCGAGUCUUGAUAGGGCAUCGAUGGCAUUAUCGGCGAUGGGAAGCUCUGUGUUUUCAGGUAUUACUUUGACGAAGCUGGUGGGCAUUAUCAUACUGGCAUUUGCAAAGACAAAAAUAUUUCAAAUAUUUUACUUCAGAAUGUACUUUGGUAUUUUAAUCAUUGGUGCAACUCACGGUCUCAUAUUCUUACCGGUUGCGAUGAGAUUUUUCGGACCGAGGGGAACAGAGAAUUCGGGUCAGGAAAAUGGAAGAUCGAGCAAAUUGGAGACGCAAUAUUGAAUAUUUUAUUGACUGAAUUUAUCGUGUAAAUAGUUUUCAAUGAAUAAACAAGUUUUUUUAAAAGAGCAGAUACUAAUUUUUUUCACAAGUUUGAAGAAAUGAUAUGAAAGAAUUUGAGUACAUGGAACAUUUACUGAAUCGUACCCGCAGCCCAAAGGCUCAUCUAAAUAACCUACUAUUUGUAAAAUCAUUAGAAAAACAUUAUUUGCCGAACAAAAACUUGGAAUGAAAAUAAUAAAGCAUUACGUCU